CCCCCUCCCCAGUGCCGCGGAGGCAGUGGAGGGAGGAGUUCAGGCCGCAGCGGCCCGCGCUCCUCCCUCCAAAGCUCCCCUUCCUCUCCUCUCCGUGCCGCAGCCCGGCUCGUCGCUGGCGUCAGCGUGGGCUCCCCGGAGCGAGUCGCUAGGUAACGGGGCUGGCUCCGCAGACUCGGAGCCGGGGAAGCCCGCGCGCGGCGUCAGCAGCGGCGCCGUCUUGGGGCGGGCGCGGGGGGCGCACGGACCCUCCUCCCUCGCGGACUGCAGAUCUCGGCUGGGGCUCAGCCUCCACCGUCGCUGUCGGGGUGCCCCUCCCUUGCGAGGACCCGGACGCCGCCAGCCCCCUCCUUCUUCCCCAGCGGUGCGCACUUCUCUGCGCGAGACUGGGUGGGCGCCCCACCGCCGGGAUCGCCGUCGCGGCCGGUCCUCCCUCCGAGCCCCCGAGCGGGGCAUGAGGAGCCCUGGGGUGCCGCCUGGAGACCACCAGGUUUCGCUCACGGCUCGCCAGAGGCGGACCGGGACAUGAGCCGCGCGAACCGGGUCCCGCGCCCUGCGGCCAGCCCCAGCCGGCGACCGCCAGCGGGUCAGCGUUGCCCGGGAGAAUGAGGCAGGAGCCGGCCGCAGCCUCGUCUUUCUCCUCCUCCUCCUCGCCUUCCUCCGACUCCGGCGCCCCGGGCCGGGGCCGGGCCGAGGCUCUGCUGCCUGCCCCGCGCGGCCCCCGCUCGCCUCCGGAUGCGCUGCUCGGUUAGCCUGGGGAGGAAGAUAAAGACAUUUGCAACCAAGAUGGUAAUCACGAGCGGAAAUGAUGAGGACAGAGGAGGCCAAGAGAAGGAGAGUAAAGAGGAGAGUGUCUUGGCGAUGCUGGGGAUUAUCGGAACCAUCCUGAACCUAAUCGUUAUCAUCUUUGUCUACAUAUACACCACUCUGUGAAUGGCUCGGGAUGGCCAAAAGCUGUGUGUCGGCCAGUCAGUGACCAGACAUUGUGUGAACAAGCAGGCUCGACCUACACACACUGCUCAGUCCAAUGCACCUUCGAACUUUAUAAAAGAUCACAAAACUAAACCGAUCCUGCUGCAAGGAGCAGACACUAAAGCACAAUGAAUCCAACAAAACUCAUUCACACACCAAGGAACUCAACGUCUUUGGCAGGGGCCCUGGAGGAGCACUCGGAAGACCAGCCUUUGACGCCGUCAGUGAGCAGAUGGGUACAGAAAUUCAUCACCCCGGAUCGCUGACAGAUAAUCACGAGUUCGAAAAGAGGAGCAGGGCGGACUAACGCGGCUCAUUGGCGUGUCUCCCAGGACACGCAUUUCAUCUUCACAAGACGAGUGUUGAGUAUGAGAGACCCCAGGGGCCGUGGGCAGGCAUCCCGUCCAUCCAAAGUGUCUAUUUGAUACAGGGGAAGAUGACAUAUUUUUCUUUUUUUUUUCCAUUGGCUUGACAUGUGUGUCUGUUCAUAUCAAGGUUUAUAAAUAUAUAUUUUUAAUAAAUGUGCUCUAUUUUUUAGCAUGAACCAAACACUUGGAGAGGCGCUCCUGGAGGCCUCGGGCUUUCUCCAGUUUUAUCUGCUUUGCCCCCUACAGUGUAGAUGUUCUGUUGUGUAGUCAUUCUCGUCCUGUUUCUGCGACCUGGAACCUUUGACCUUCUCUCUCUGUCUCUGUUUGGUCUGGAGGACAUUUUCCCAUAAUGCCAGCCCUGGUGUCUUGGUUGGUGCAUGUCGUAAGACUGUCUGUGGAGCAGCGUCUUGUUGUUCUCUCGGGGAUGUAAAGUGACUGUGGGCAUGCGAGCACAGGUGCACUGUAUCCUCAAUGAGAAUUUUGCACGAACAGGCUGAGUGACGGGUCAGCUUGAACGGUCGCUGAGGAGGAGCGCAGCCGCACCUGGGGGUCAGCGUGUGAACGGCAUUCCCAUUUCAUUCUCGUGACCACGCAUAGAUCCGACUUUGAUUUUAAUGGCCACGUACCAUCAGAGAUGGACAGGAUGAGAGAAAAGCUCAGUGUUAGGUGCACAGCCCCUUCCUUGGCCAGCCACCUGGGAUCCUUUUCAGAGUAGGUGGGUGUCAGUGACAUGUGGACUUCCCACUGGGAAAGCUCACCUUGGCUGUGAGGACACCCCCGGGACGGGUGACUUUUCAAGGGCACGAGAGGGGACAUAAGAACUGCCCUAAAGGAUUGCUGCGCUUCUUAAAGCCCCUGGUUUGCACCCACGUGCAGUCCCUUGCCCUUUGGCAGGCACGGCUACCUACAUACGAACUGACCCUGUUCUCCUGGCUCCUGCCUGGCUUCAGCGGCGUGGCCUUAAAAAGAGGGUCAGAGUUCCUGCGGCCGGUGCCAGACCUGCCCAUGGGCAAAAGCGGCAGCACCCUGCCUAGUCGGAUUCGAGGGAUACCUGGCGGUCUCUGCCACCAGGCCCGGCCCUACCCAAGUGUGGUGCCUGAAACUCUACUAUUUGAGAGUCAUUUCUUGGGCUCCUUUAAGGGACUAGGCUGUUUUGUAAAGCAAACACCCCCGAGCACCUGGCUCUGACAGCCGUUCAUCAGGUGUCUUCCCCACCAGGAGGAAGGGAGCUGACGUUUAAUUUAGGGUGCGCUGUGUGCCAGGCACUUUAUAUUCCUUAAGUCAUUGAAUUCCCGCAGUGACCCGUGAGAGGGAGUCAUGUCCCAGAUUGUAGAAGAAGGGGGGGCUCAGAGAGCCCCCCAGGGAUCGCAGGGCUCCUGGUAGGGAGUCAGGACUCCAACCUCAGUCAGCCCGAUUCCUGGGCCCAGGAGGGCCUCCUGGAGGCUGCUGGGAGGAGAGGAGGUAGACACGUGGGACCGUCACAGAAAAGGGCCCCCCGAUGGCUCCGCCGAAGGCCAGCUCUGCACGCCUCUCUUCUCCUCUCCCCAUAAAAACAAAGAACCCCUGGGAACCCCUUAGACACUGGCAGAAUAUCAUACAAGUAAGGGUGAGGAACAAGAGGAGGCUGGUUAGAAAUAAAACGGAAUGUCGGGGGAAGGGCUACCCAACAGGUUCUGUGUGAUUCCGUGACUGUAUGAAAAUUCUGAACAGUGAACUGAGCAGACAAUA